GGCAUGUCUUUAGGCAGCUGUAAGUGUAGCGAGCACGUGGUGAGAAGUCUUCGCUGUGCUGAGAGUGUGCGUUGUGUGUCUGGGGGAGUGACUGGGAAGCAGCAGUAAUCGGGGCUUUGCAUCCUGUUGUGAAAGUGCAACGGCGCAUGUGCUGUUGUGUGUGCGUGUUGUGUGUCUGAGAAGUGUGUUUGCAGUCAGAGCAAGUUCAAGCAUGAAGAGAGGCAAAAAUGCAGAGGGGGACAACGACACUGGAUCCGCUUCCGCAAAGAAAACAAAGAAGACUAAGGAACCAGAGGCUCCCGUAUUGUACGAUGAUCCUCCUGACAAAAUGACCAGUAAAGACGGACGCGACGCCAACAUGAAGAUCACGUCCUGGAACGUGGACGGACUGAGGGCCUGGGUGAAGAAGAAUGGCCUGGAUUGGGUGCGUGAGGAGGCUCCAGAUGUUAUGUGCCUGCAGGAGACAAAGUGUGGACUGAAAGCCCUCCCUGCUGACAUCACUUCCAUGCCUGAGUACCCUCACAAGUACUGGGCUGUGUCCAAUGAGAAGGAGGGCUACAGCGGUGUGGGAAUGCUCUGCAAGACUGAACCCCUCAAAGUGACCUAUGGCAUCGGUAAAGAGGAGCAUGACAAGGAGGGCCGUGUCAUCACUGCAGAGUUCCCCACCUUCUACCUGGUCACCGCCUACGUGCCAAACGCCAGCAAAGGCCUUGUGCGCCUUGAUUACCGCAAAACCUGGGACGAGGACUUCCGGUCUUACCUGAGUGAGCUGGACAUGCAGAAGCCCCUGGUGCUGUGCGGCGACCUCAACGUGGCACACCAGGAGAUCGACCUGAAGAACCCCAAAGGCAACAAGAAAAACCCAGGCUUCACCCCCGAGGAGCGCGAAGGCUUCAGCCAGCUGCUGGGAGCCGGCUUCGUCGACAGCUUCAGGGAGCUCUACCCCGAGCAGACCAACGCCUACACCUUCUGGACCUACAUGAUGAACGCCCGCUCAAAGAACGUGGGCUGGAGGCUCGACUACUUCCUGCUGUCGUCCUCUCUAGUGCCAGGCCUUUGCGACAGCAAGAUCCGCAACAAGGCGAUGGGGAGUGACCACUGCCCCAUCACUCUGCACAUCGCUGUGUAGGUCACUGCAGGCUUCAUGCUUUGCUGCAUGUUUAGCCUUUUCUCCUCUCAUCCCUCUUGGCUGAAACGGUCAUGUUAUACCAGUGUGGGGUGAGCCAAAAUGUUCCAUCUGACUUUUUAUAGUCAGUGCAGCUGUAGCUUAGCAGUUAGUUUUCUUUCUUUAUUUGUAUUAUGAAAUGUUAAUACACAAAUGUCCUCUGUUUGUAUUUGAAGUCUGUCAUUAAGUCCAAGUCUAAACCAGUGAUGUAAACCAAAUUUUCUCAUUAAUUCUGUAAAGAUGCAACACUAAAUGCUCCAAAUGAUUAAGCUGAAGAUGAUCAUGACUGUUUAAAAUGAAAAACUGCUGUUAAAAGAAAUCAUAUCUGUUCUAAGCUUCUUUUCAAAACCAGUGUUAAAUUUUCUGUUGUAAAACCUGCCCAAACUUACCAAUAAAGUCUGAAUUUAUAUAGGA